AUGAAGCCCGUCGUCAGUUCCAUGCAAGCUUGGUCUUGCGUGGUCAUCUCCAUCUUCGCCAUCAUCAUCCUCUCGAUCCUCGGCGGCCUCUACCGAAGCAAGCACCACGAAUUCGUAGGGGGCGCCGACGACCCCAAGGACACCGAAGCCGUCGCGAGCACCAUAUUUACCGCCGUAGUCGUGUACGCGGCUUUCUUGGUAUUCUGCGGCCUCCAGGGCUUGUUACACCUGCGCGAAAACCGACGGGGCGCCAUCGUGCUGUCGUAA